AGUGGGAGAGAACUGUGUCAGCGAAUGUGAGAUGAGAGAGAGAGAGAAAGAGUAAUGUAACUACUUCCGAUAUUAUUUCAGAUUGUUUUGGGACGUUUUCCAAAGAAACAUCUCUAGAUAGACACAGGUUGACAUUAGACGACAAGACACAGGUGGUGUCUUUUAUUAUUCACUACGUAGAAUAAUAUACUACAACAGGUUACAACACGGUUAUAUCUUGGAUAGAAUCGGUCUUGGAAUGAGAUGUCUUUUAUGCCGGACAUCCUUCGUUUUGGUGUUGCUUUAGCAUUUCUCACGUCUGCGAUCCACUCCCAGGAUGAGCAACAUGUGCCUUACAGAACCUAUCACACGUUUACCCUUAAAUUGAAACUCGAUUAUCCUCUCCAUACCCUUAAUGACCGAUUCCUGUCAGUAACAUUGGAUUCUGGUCUUCUGAGAGACAAAUGGGCCCAUUUCGAUACCAGCUCGAAGAAAUUGCUUACUCUCGCCAGAGGACUUUCACCUGCAUAUUUAAGAGUUGGUGGCACCUCUGCUGAUUUCCUUAUCUUCAGAGAAACUUCAGAUGUGACAGAAAACAUUGAUUUUGCCAACAAUAACAGUACCGAAAAUGGUGGUUUGGAUGGCGGCAAAAUGGAUCUCUUUAACAUGACAACGUUCGACUGGACCUACUUGAACGACUUUGUACACUCGGUCCCUGGAUGGGAGUUAAUUUUUGAUCUGAACUUACUACAGAGAACUAACAACUCUUGGGACCCUAACAUCAAUGCGUCAGAACUUCUGAAGCUAUCUCAGAAGAAAGGGUUCCCUCUUGCAGGACUGGAACUUGGAAACGAACCAGAUCACUACCGGCACCUUGUUGGUCAUGCCAUUGACCCUGUUGUUUUAAGUAAGGAUUUUGACAAACUCAAAGAGCUGAAGAACUCUUUCCCAUUAUAUAAGAAGUCCCUUAUUGUUGGACCUGAUGUCACUGAUGGGUGUUUGAGGAAAGCAUACAAGGAGAAAUACUUUAUCAAAUUCCUAGAACACUCCAGGGACACAGUAGAUGUUGUAACUGUCCACCAGUAUUACCUAAAUGGACACAAUACCAAUGCUGAGCAAUUUCUCAGCACAUGGGAGAUGGAGAAGUUUGGUGAUCAAUUGGACACUGCUUUUGGAAUGCUGCAUAAAUAUUCCAGGGACAAGGAUCUCUGGCUUGGUGAGACCAGUUCUGCUUAUGGCGGUGGUGCUCCUGGACUGUCUGACUCUUAUAUUGCUGGAUUCUUGUGGAUGGACAAGCUUGGAAUGUCAGCUCGCAAAGGAGCUAAAGUGGUAAUGAGGCAAUCAUUUUAUAAAGGAAGUUACGCAUUGCUGGACUUCAGGACUCUUGACCCUCGGCCAGAUUACUGGCUGAGUCUUCUGUAUAAGAGACUUGUUGGAAAGAAAGUUCUUCAGGUGAGCUACACAGAUUUGGACCACAAGUUGCGUGUUUAUGCACAUUGUUCUAAGGAUCAAAGUUUAUCCAUCAACCAAUCAGUGACAUUGUACGCAAUGAACCUUCAUUCUGUAGAUGUUGCUGUUACUCUUCCGCAAGUGUCUUCUUCUAAACCCAUCCACUUCUAUCUCCUGGAACCUUAUGGACCUGAAGGGCUGCUCUCUGGGAUUAUCACAGCUUUGUGUUCAAGGCAACUAGAGACUGUCGAUGUGUCCCACGUCUGUACUGACAUGCCGAAUGUCGAUGUAAUUAUUGCUGAGCAGAAAGUUGGCGAGUCUCUCAAAUACAAUGCCGAAGAAAAUCUCGCACUCCAUUCUCAACAAAGGGAUAAUGCAAAAUUGGUCGAUAUUCUCAGUUCUCUCCCUUUGGGUAUGUAUAUCACUUCAGCAUAUCUCCACACGUGCGACCUCUCCUCUUCUCAGAUUAUCUUCAGGGCAUCCUGCAGCCAAUAG